ACCGACCAUUUUGUUUUUGGAGCAACAAACUGUUUACUUAUCGAUUUUAGAAAUUCUAAAUAUUAUUGUAUGAGGGCGCCUCAUGUUUUUUCUGAAUGACGCCAUAUUCCUGAAGCAGAACACAAAAGUUCAAUGGCUGCCUUUCAUUAUUAUCAUAAAUCUUAUUAAUAAACGUAUAAUUCAAGUGAUAAAAACGUAUUAAAUAUCUUAUAGUGACUUAGAUUUAAGAAUUGACGUGUUUAAAGUUCUUUUAAAAUGUCUGUGACUUUUGCACAACGUGCUGGAAGGCCACCACCGAGCCCUGCUCAAAUACAAAAGAUGCUAGAUGAGAAUAGUCAUCUUAUUCAAACAAUACAAGAUUUUCAAAACAAAGGAAAGAGUCAAGAAUGUCUUCAAUAUCAACAGAUUUUGCAUCGCAAUUUAGUAUAUCUUGCUUCGAUCGCUGAUGCCAAUCAAAACAUUCAAGCCUUGUUACCGCCCCCACAAGGUAUGCCUCCAAUGGCUAAUGGCCCUCAACAUAAUAUGAUGGGACCUCAGGGACCAUCAAGUGGUCCUCCUAGUGGCACUGGCCCAGGUGUAGAAAUGCCACCAAAUCCACCACAGCCAAUGCCUAUGGCAGGUUUUAAUCAAGGUCAGCCAACUGGUCAUGGUGGUUAUAGAGGUCCUCCAGUUAUGUCUGGACAGGGUCCUGCAAUGAAUCGACCCAAUACAGGCCCAGGCCCUCAACAAUAUCGUGCUGCUCCCCAAGGAUAUCCUCAACAACCAUCACAGGGAUAUCCAUCUUCUUAUGGUGGACAAAAUCCUGGUGGAAAUUAUCAAGGUCCUCAAGGUUCUGGAUAUGGGUCAGGACAGCCUAAUCAAUAUGGAACUCCUCCGAAUGCACCACAACAAGGAUAUCCUACAUCGACACAGCAAAAUUAUGGUCCUCCUACUACUGUUAACAGCUAUGGAAACCAGCCAGGAAAUUAUCCACCACCAGGAGGAAAUCCACCUGGUCAGGGAUACGGUCCACCACCUCCUCCAAACCAACAACCAUAUCCUCCUCCAACUUCAACUCAACAAAACUUUUCUCCAAAUCCUCAACAACAACAACAGCCCCCUGGACAGUACGGAAGUCCUAGUCCUCAGCCAAAUUAUCAGCCUCAAUCUCAACCACCUUCUCAGAAUGCAUAUGGAGCAAAUCAAUCUCCUGGUAAUUAUCCACCACCCCCAAGCUCUCAAGCUUAUCCUAAUAAUGUUCCUCCUCAAAAUUAUCCUCCUCCAGCUACUUCGAAUAACGUGGCUCAAUCGACACAAGGACCGCCACAACAGUCUGGUCCUCCUCAGAAUUAUGUUAGCCAACCAAGUCCAGGUACUGGUCCUCCAGGUCCACCUUAUGGGCCUUCAUCAAAUUCUCCUCCUUUCAGUAGUAGUGGAGUUAGUGGAAUCAAUACUUACGUUCCAAGUAAUCAAUCCACUAGCACUCCUUCUGCAUCCACUCAAACUUAUCCACCUACUAGUGGACCUCCUCCAGCGACAGUUCAAGCUGGCAAUUAUGUUCCAGGGCCUACUCCUUCUGGUUAUCCAGUUCAUCAACCUUCACAUUUAGUUCCACAUCCUCAUCCUGGACCUCAUCAAAUUCCUCAUUCAUCACCUGCGCAGUCUCAAUCCGGACCACCACCACAAUCGCAGCCGCCUGGAUCUCAACAGCCACCUCCAUCACAGCCCUCUUCUCAGCAACAGUCUCAACAGCCGCCAACGCCAUCAUCACAGCAGCCACCACAAGGGCCUCCCCCAGGACCACCACAACAGCAAGGAGGUCAACAACCUCCUCCCCAAUCGCAGCAUCAUCAAUCGCAAUCACCAAGUCCAGUUCCAAGUAAUUUCCCACCAUCAUCAGGUAACAUUUCGCAAGGGCCUCCUUCAGGGCCACCUGGACCACCUUCUCAACAACCACCAGGAGGAUAUGGACCUCCCCAAUCUCAUCCAGCAACGACGCAGACUUAUGUACCUUCAGGACCAGGUCAACCACCUCAAGUUUAUCCUCCACAUCCACCAAGUCAAGGUGGUCAACCUCAUUAUGGACAUCCACCGUAUCCACCACAAAAUUACCCACCACAUCCACCACCACCUUCUGGACAAGGAUAUCAAUAUCCACCUCGUCCUCCUGCAGGCCAUAUGCCACCACCCCCGGGUCCUCAAGGUCCACCACCGAAUCAGUAUGGAGGUUAUGGUUAUCAGCAACCACCGCAGUGAUAUAAUAGGAAUUUUAUUCAAAAAUGAUUAUGCAAAUUUUCGAUGUUAUAAUUAUAUCAUAAAUAUGUUUAUCGCAUUGGAAUUUUUAUAUUUUGAACUUUAUUAACUUCAGUUUAUGUUUAAUGGACUAUUGUGUAUUCUUUUUAUGUUUUUAAAGAAAAAAUAAAGCU